GACGUGUUGAGCUGUUACCAUCUCUUUCCUAAAUCCCUCUGUAAACCACUCUCUCUUUCUCUCUCUAUCUCUUAUCUUUCUAUAACAUCAUCUCCUCAUUAUUUACGUUCCCGUAUUGCAAGCUGUAAUCGAAUGGGAGCUUUUUUGUACUCAUCUCUGUUGGUCAUAACAUAAUAGGAUUAAUAGCUCUCUUUCCUUUCAAUUCCUGCUCUCUCUUUCUGUACAUUAGAUCUCUCCCUCACGUCACCAUAUUAUUAAAAAACGUCCGUUGCCUAUUCAUCUUCUUCACACGCGUCUGCAUUUCCAUUCCCAUUCUCCAUUCUCCAUUUUUAAUCUGACAAUGAUAUCAAAGUUAUAACCUUUUCGUUUUUCAAUACCUCAAAACAAAAACAAGAACAAUAAAGUUCUUUUAUUUUUGUAGAUCAAACCUAAAAACCAGCAAAAAGUGAAAAAAAGUAAAAGAAAAGAAACAAGUUUAGACGACAAUGGCACCCUCAUUUGAUUGGUGGGCUAAAGAAGGUCAUAAAGGCACGCCGGUAGUGGUCAAAAUGGAAAACCCAAAUUGGUCAAUGGUGGAGCUAGAAGGCCCUUCCGACGAAGAUUUCUUAAUCGCCGGCGACUCACCCAGUCGCCGCCGAAACAAGAACGCAAAGCAACUCACAUGGGUUCUUCUCCUAAAAGCACAUAAAGCUGCAGGUUGUUUAACCUCCAUUGCAUCCACAAUGGUCUCUCUUGGUUCUGUUAUUAAACGCCGUCUUCGUUCGGGUCGCACCGACACGGAUACUGAAGCCGAAAUCUCGUCCCGUGAGAAUGAGAAUCCAACUGUUAGAACCCGGUUUUAUUAUUGCAUCAAGGCGUUCUUAUUGUUGUCCGUGUUACUGUUAGGGUUUGAGAUUGCUGCUUAUUUUAAAGGGUGGCAUUUUGGUGCUCCACAUCUUCAAUUGCAACAUCUUUUAGCCACGCCUUUUGGGUUUAAGGAUGUGUUUGAUUCAUUGUAUUCUAGGUGGGUUUUAAUUCGCGUGGAGUAUCUAGCUCCUCCUUUGCAAUUCCUUGCAAAUGUGUGUAUUGUGCUGUUCCUUAUCCAGAGUUUGGAUAGACUUGUUCUUUGCUUGGGUUGUUUCUGGAUCCGGUUUAAGAAGAUUAAACCCAUUCCUAAAGAAGACCCAGUUUCUGCUCUUGAAUCUGGCCAAAAGGGCUUCUUUCCUAUGGUUCUUGUUCAGAUCCCUAUGUGUAAUGAGAAGGAGGUUUAUCAACAAUCAAUUGCUGCUUGUUGUAAUUUGGACUGGCCUAAAUCCAAUAUCUUAAUUCAAGUUCUUGAUGAUUCUGAUGAUCCAACCGCACAAACUUUGAUUAAAGAAGAAGUGAACAAAUGGCAGCAAGAAGGUGCCCACAUUGUGUAUAGACAUCGGGUAAUCAGGGAAGGAUAUAAAGCUGGUAAUCUUAAGUCUGCAAUGAAUUGCAGCUAUGUCAAAGACUAUGAAUUUGUUGCAAUUUUCGAUGCCGAUUUCCAGCCCACACCUGACUUUCUGAAAAGAACAGUCCCUCACUUUAAGGACAAUGAAGAGCUAGGGCUUGUUCAAGCAAGAUGGUCGUUUGUGAACAAGGAUGAGAACCUGUUAACAAGGUUACAGAAUAUUAACUUAGCAUUUCAUUUUGAAGUAGAGCAGCAGGUGAACGGUAUCUUCAUUAACUUCUUUGGGUUCAAUGGUACGGCUGGUGUUUGGAGGAUAAAGGCUUUGGAAGAUGCCGGAGGGUGGCUAGAGAGGACUACUGUUGAAGACAUGGAUAUUGCUGUUCGUGCUCAUCUUCAUGGUUGGAAAUUCGUUUUCCUAAAUGAUGUUGAGUGCCAGUGUGAAUUGCCUGAAUCAUAUGAGGCAUAUAGAAAGCAGCAACACAGAUGGCAUUCUGGACCCAUGCAGUUGUUUAGGCUAUGUCUGCCAGACAUCAUACGAGCAAAGAUUAGCAUAGGGAAGAAAUUCAAUAUGAUCUUUCUCUUUUUUCUGCUUAGAAAGCUGAUCCUACCCUUCUAUUCUUUCACUCUAUUCUGCAUCAUUUUGCCCAUGACAAUGUUCAUACCAGAGGCAGAGCUCCCAGCGUGGGUUGUGUGUUAUAUUCCAGCUACCAUGUCAUUUCUCAAUAUCCUCCCAGCACCAAAAUCUUUCCCCUUUAUUGUCCCUUAUCUUCUAUUUGAGAACACUAUGUCGGUGACCAAGUUCAAUGCCAUGAUCUCUGGUCUAUUCCAGCUCGGAAGUGCCUAUGAAUGGGUUGUUACAAAGAAGUCCGGUCGCUCUUCCGAGGGUGAUCUUGUUGCCUUGGCUCAAAAAGAACAAAAACAUCAAAGAGGAACCUCUGCGCCAAAUCUCGGAGAAAUGGAGGAACUUCUACAGGAACAAAAGCCUCGAAAAAAGAAGCAUAAUAGGAUAUAUACCAAGGAGUUGGCACUGGCUUUUCUUCUUUUAACAGCUUCAGCGAGGAGUCUCCUCUCUGCUCAGGGAAUCCAUUUCUAUUUCUUGCUGUUUCAAGGAAUUUCAUUCCUGCUGGUUGGCCUGGAUUUGAUAGGGGAGCAGGUUGAGUGAGGGAUAUAUGUCUGACUACAGGGGUUACAUAGCUGAUGUAAAUGAAGGCAACAUGGAUGCACACUAAAUAUGAAUAUCAAUGAAGUGAGAACUUAUAUAAAGGGGAGAUAAUUAAGCGGGCUGCGAGAGCUUCCUUUUCUUGAUUGGCCUCCACCCUACACAACCCCAAUACAAUUCCACCCAGUAUGAGAAGAAACUGUGUUUAAAGUGGAAAGAAGAAUGAUUGCAGGUGGGAGACACAGAAAGAUUAGAUAAUGUCAAUGCUGUUGAUUAUAUGUAAGGUUUCCCUUUUUUUUUGUUUUGUUUAUUUCAUUCUUUUGUUUUUGCUUCAAUUCUUUUGUAAGAAGAAAAAUUGUCCUUGAAACAUCAAACAGGAAACUUUAGUUACAUUUUUAAGGCAGGAUGGAAGAACUUCGCAUGGUGCCUUAAACUAUAAUCAAUCUGUUCAUUCAUUUGUAGCUACUUAUUCAGUAAUGUCCAAAAGAACAAAUUGAUUCGCACCA